AUGACCGAAUCAACCAGAGGCCGCGUAGCCAUCAAGUUCGGUGCGUCCUCGACCGCCCCCUCGAAACCCGCGUCUCGCACCGCCCCCCCCUCCAGCCUGGGCAAGCGGCGGCUCCGCACCCACCUGGGCGACGAGUCCGACUCCGACUCGGGGGUCCACGACCAUCGCAGCACCGCCGGCCGCCACGAAGCCAUCACCGGGUUCGGCGCAGACGGGGCGGAAACCGACGGCGCGGGAACCGACGGCGCCAAGGGACGCGCCGAGGCCGCAAGGAGAGACUACGUCAUCGCCAGGCAGGCCAACCGCGACUGGAGAGCGCAGGCGAAGGCGCAGCGCCGGGGCAGGAACCUCCUUGCCGAGGAAGCGCGGCCGCGGGGCCGAGAUGCCGGCGGCGGCGGAGAUGGGCGCGCGGCCGAUGAGCGUGGCCGCCUUGGCUGGGGUCUGACGCUCGCGACGAGGAGCGACGACGACGACGACGACGGACAGCAGCCCGGCCACCCGUCCCCGCCUCCUGCAACUGCCGAAGCGCCCAAGGACCCGCCGCUCCGUACGGCCGACGAAGAAGCCAUGGACGCCCUGCUGGGCAAGGACAAGGGCGCCGAGGCCGCCAGGACGAUUGCGGCGCCGACCGAGGAUGACGUUUACAGGCGUGAUGCCGCUGAAGCAGGGGUUGCAUCAACCCUGGAGGACUACGAAGCUAUGCCGGUGGAGGAGUUCGGGGCCGCCCUGCUCCGUGGCAUGGGGUGGGAUGGCACGCACACUGGUCCGAAGACGAAGGAGGUCCGGAGGCGGCAGAACCGUCUGGGGCUGGGCGCCAAAGAGCUCAAGGGAGCGGAAGACUUGGGCGGCUGGAUGCAGAAGAAGGGGAAGAAGUCCCGCACAAGUCUGGCCGAUUACAGAAGGGAAGAGAGCCUGAGGAAGGAAGAGGGGGGGGGGAAAGACAGCUACAAGAGAGAGCGGGAGAAGGAGAGGGAACGUGAUGGCGAACGGAGCAGGUACAGAGAGCGCGACAGGGGCAGGGAUGGUCACAAGGAUGACAGAAGGGAUAGAGACAGAAGGGAAUCCGGGUAG